GAGGACAAAAAUACACUGGAAAAGAAACCUGUUGGACAAGAUGACUGAGACACAAAUGAGACGUGAAUUACAAGACGUCACAGUGUCGCUGAAGCAUUUGUGAGUCCUGGGAAGAUUUUGUGAUCAUAGUUGUACUAUCUAGUACUGACAAGAUUUGAAGGACUCUGCAUGUGCAGGUAGACUCACAAUGGAGUUUGCUUGUGGAUUUGUUUAUGUGCCGACACCAGUGAGUCAGAAGGACGGCCAGAGACCCAACGUCAUCAAGCGCUCAGCUCUUCUCCCUCCUGUCAGCCGGGUCCGUCCUCGUAGUCCUCCUCCUCCUCCUCCAACACACUCCGCAGAGGACAAGUCACCCAAAUCCCUCCGAUCUUCCCCCAAGGUUAUCGAGCAGUUGGAAAAGAGCAAGGAGGUGAAGAAGGCCGCCAAGCCCACUCCUUUCUAUGAAAAUGCAGAAUUUCAUAAAAAAACGGGCGCAGCUCCUUCCAGCAGUAUAACUCCUCAGCAAACAACACCUCCUCGAAAAACAGCUCUUCUUCCACCACACAUGAGACCUGCAGCCAGCAGCCAGUCCCCUCCUUACAGCCAGCCGCUCCUCUGCUCCAGCUCCGACAGUCACAUGUUUACCUACGACCUCCCGAAAAACGAGCCCGAUUUAGAGGCCCGUCCCUGGGACCCGAGCUACUCUUACACGGCACCAGAAGGCACGGGUGGCGAGGUGAAGCUGCCAGCUGACAGCAGCAGUGUUUCCUCCCAGACAUCAGUGCCAGCUCUUCCUCCAAGACCUUCAUUCAUGAAGUCAAUGCCAGACUACAUUGUGCUGUUACCCAGCUCCCGCUCAUCUCCCUCCUCAUCUCGGAAGUCCCCCUCAGACUCAUCACCCGCCCCAUCGCCUGCUAGUAAAGGAUCGGCAGAUAAGGGGCCUCUGCCUGGGAAUCCUAAUGUGGUCCUUGUCAGUUUAGGAAAACUACUCUCAGAGGAAAGAGUGCAGACCAUACGAGGAGAGCCCACCUCCUGCUCCCAGUGUGGCUCUGUGCUCGACUCCGCCUACGACAACAUGGUGAAUGAGUGUUACUUCUGUCAGCCCUGGGAGCUGCCCAGUGCUCCCAGUAAACCCCCGUGUCCUCUAAGUGGUCUGCAGGAUGACCUGUUUGUGCUCCGUCCUGAUGAAAAGCCCAACUGUGCUGCUGACGCUCUGCUGCUCUUCUGCAUCGACAUCUCAGGCUCCAUGAGCACCACCUCAGAGGUGUCAGUGGGAGAGACCAUUCUCUACAGAUCCCGUCUCCAGUUUGUCCAGGAGGCUGUGCUGGAGUGUGUUCACACACUAAGUGAACAACAACCUGACAUACGGGUGGGACUCAUCACCUUCAACUAUCAGGUGACGAUGCAUGGAAAUGAGACUUUCACGUCACGCACCCUGUUUGGUGCUGAACUGGCUGACAGCGAAUAUGUGAAAGAGGCUGCAGCCAGUUUCCCCACUCCACCUCCACUCUCACAGACCAAAGAACACUUACAGAGACAAGUCAUGGGAUUGUCUGAGGGUGGAACAACAGCUCUUGGUCCAGCUGCUCUCCUCACCAUUGCAAUAGCCUCCAGACAACCAGGGUCCAAGGUGAUUAUCUGUACAGAUGGGAAGGCCAACACGGAGCUGGGGAAUCUGGAGGUAGAGGAUAUUGAUGCUCGCACCCUCCUCUCAUCCACCAUCUUCUACCAGGAGCUGGGGGAAUAUGCUGCUAAUCAAGGAGUGACAGUGUCUGUGCUGUCCAUAGAGGGAACAGACUGCAGGCUGGAUGAGCUGGGAAGACUCGCUGAUCGCACUGGAGGGACAGUGGUGAUAGCCAGCCCCAAUAGGCUGCACCCAGAGUUUGAACAGAUCAUUGAGAACCGGACGAUAGCUACACACUGCUCUGUCACGUUACUGCUGCCCCAGUCUCUGCGUAUGAGAGGAGAGAAGCAGGCAGGGCACAAAGGGACCAGAGAGGAGGGAAACGUGGACCCAGAUAAAGAGAUCACCUUCCAGUUUGGAGCCUGUGAACAGGACACAGAAGGGCCAGUGCCGGCCCCCGGCAGCCAUGUGUCCAUCCAGCUGCAGAUCAGGUACCGACACAGGAAGGGACAGAGGAUGCUCAGAGUGAUCACCACAGACCGAGAGGUUACUGAUGACAGCUCGGCGGCCCUGUCCUCUCUCUCUCUGGCCAUCAUUCAGCUCAACUCGUCGCAGGCCAGCGCCGCUCUGGCUGUCAGAGGCCGCUUCCUCGACGCCAGGACAGAAGGAGAGCUGCAGAGGGAGCUGAUCGAGAGAGCGAUAGAGCAUAAUCGCAGUGUAGAAGACCAUCAAACAUACCAACAAUGGGUUAAAACCAUGGAGCCUAUAUACAACAACAACAUACAUAACUUCACAAGGAGACAAUCUGUGGUUUCAGACUCGCAGUCUCUAACAGACGCUGGUGCAGCGCUGCUCUACAACAUGAAACACUGUAACAGGAAGUCCAUCUCUCUGAAGAAUAAACAUAAACUCUAGCCAACUGUCUGUCUCAAACUUUUAUCUCGUUGGAAGCAAAUCAAGUCAUGAGCGACGAAGAUAAACAUUGACGUCUGACUUUGAUUAUCUGGCUGAACAAAUACCCCCACAAUGUAAAUACUGUAUAUCAACAUAAAACAUGGUGAUCUGUACCAUAAAUAAUUUCUCAGAGUAAAGCAGUAACAGUAUUCAGAAAAACACAUUUCACAGCAUAUGUAAACCUCCAACACAACAGUUAUUACAUACUUCAGAUAAUGAUUACAUAACUUUGUUUUAAUAAAGGUAACUUAUUUGACUUGAGAUCUUAGAUCCUUUAAUUAUGUAAAAGUGCUAAUAUAACUAUAAAUGUGUGAUUACUACACGUAAAAAUCCUGC